AUGACUCUCUUGAGACGACUGUUUAGACUAGCACCCAAGGCUGCCCCAGGUUCACUAGAACAGCAUGAAUAUGCUAAUUGGACGAAACAACGACUUGUAGAAAGAGUGCUUGAGCUAGAACACGAAAGAAAGAGGGGUUGCGAAGUGGAUACAGAUCAGGCAGAACAUGUGAGCAAGAAGCCUAAAACCAAGUCCACGAAGAGAUUAAAUAAUAAGAAAAAGCAGAGAGAGUUUGACUUUUCAAGGCAUGAUACGAGAUUUAUUGCACUCAAGUUCUCAUAUCUCGGAUGGAAUUACAACGGGCUAGCGGUGCAAAAGGAAGAGACCCCUCUCCCUACCGUUGAGGGGCUGAUACUGGAAGCCUUGUACAAUUGUAAGCUUAUACCCUCGUUGGUAACUCAGGAUUUCAAUUUCAGCAGGUGCGGCAGGACCGAUAGAGGUGUCAGCGCCAUGAAUCAAGUGAUCUCUCUCAAUGUCAGGUCUAAUUUGACGUAUGAAGAACAGAACGAUUGCAACAAUGAUGCCAGCGAAAUUCCAUACCUCAAAAUUUUGAAUCACGUUUUACCUGACGACAUCAAAAUCUCAGCGGUUUGCCUGAGACCCCCGGCUAAAUUCGAUGCAAGAUUUAGCUGCCAAUUUCGCCAUUACAAAUAUUUAUUUCAUGCGAAAGAUCUCGAUUUGGGCAGAAUGGCCGAAGCUGCUAAGCUUUUUGAGGGAGAACAUGAUUUUAGAAACUUUUGCAAACUCGACGGCUCAAAGCAAAUCACUAAUUUCAAGAGAAACAUCAGCAAUUCCAAGAUAAUGCAUAUGGAAGGGCAACUUUAUUGUUUCGAUCUCAUAGGUUCGGCUUUUUUAUGGCAUCAGGUGAGGUGCAUGAUGGCUAGCCUCUUCCUCGUUGGACAGAAGCUGGAGGAACCCUCUUUGAUUUCGGAUAUGCUAAACGUUGAGGUUUACGAGGCAAAACCCAUAUAUGACAUGGCCAGCGACUUACCACUGAUUCUCUACGACUGUGGAUUCCCAGACAUGGAAUGGCAAACUUCAGGACUAAUGGAAAGUAAAAGCUAUCAAACAACCCGUACUACGAAUUCGCUUGUAUUGAACUAUGAAAUAAAAUCUUGCAUAGCUAAGCAAUUUGGCGUCGCCCAGAGAUUAGUUCCAGGCCCUCACUCUGAUAGGGUCUGUAUUAAUGUUGGAGAUGGAAAGGGAAAGCUGGUUAAGAAUUAUCAGAAGAUGCAAAACAGAGACCGAAUGGAUUCGGCGGAGUCAGUUAAUCAAAAAUUUCGGGAGAAAAGAUCCCAGAGGAACAAGAACUAA